AAAAAUAAAACGUGUUCCUUAUAUUGCUCAUUCACCAUUGAUAUUCAAAAUCCUUUUGACUACGCCAAAACCUACCUUCUUCAUAUAACACCCACUAUCCAUCAAUGGCUGCUCAAAUCAUCAUCCAAUCCCUCCAUUACCCAUCCCAUUAUCGAAUAGCCGUCCAUAGCUCAUGACACACAUACGAAGAUGAACAGCACCUACACCUCUGAUGGAUUGAUGAACACUGACAUGAUGAGCAGGAGCGGGUUAAGCUACGGCAUCGGCCUCACCAUUGGCAUUCUUUUUCUCCUCAUCACCACCAUCACCGUUGCUACCUACAUCUGUACCCGGCCCUCCUCAUCCCCAAUCUACCACUCUCGAGAGCUCCACGGGCCCACUCAACAUCAAACGCCCGUAGCUGACAAUAAAGUGGGCCUCGAUGAAGCUACCCUCUUGAGCUACCCCAUGUUACUUUACUCGCACGUCAAGAUCCAGAACAAGAACACCAACUCAUCUUGCUGCCCCAUCUGCCUCGCGGAUUACAAGGAUACGGACAUGCUGCGGCUACUGCCUGACUGCAGGCACCUUUUCCAUGUUAAGUGCGUGGACGCCUGGCUGCUGCUGCACCCAACAUGCCCUGUUUGCCGAACGCCGCCUCUGCCAACCCCUCUUGCAGAGGUUGUCCCGUUAGCAAGACAGGUAUGAAGCGGCCAUUCGUAUUGGAUCUGCUUCCUUUAUGUAGAAUGUAAAACAAAUAGCAUCACUACAAUUGGUGUUUGAAGCUCCUA